AUGAGCGCCCGAAAGCUCUGCCUCUUCCGCUACAUGAGCAAACUCUUGAGGAUGGACAGUGGGACGGUGAUGUUGUCCCAGAUGCGGAUGCUGAGAUGGGUCAUCCUGCUGGCGGGGAUGCAGUCUGUACAAGCAGACUUCAUGGGAGAUUAUGGAGACGGUAUGAAGGAUCCUAUGGACUUUACUUGGCCACCAACAACAACUGUGUCCCCCACUAUGACGACUGUGAUGGUGACAAAAGUUGAACCCAAACCUGAUCAUCAGUCCCGAAUCUGCAGCACAUGGGGAAAUUUUCACUUCAAGACGUUCGAUGGUCAUUUCUUUCAACUGCCAGACACGUGCAACUACGUUCUGGCGGUGAUGUGUGAUGCCGCCAUUUCUGAUUUUAACAUCCAGAUGCAAAGAGACACAGUCAAUGGCUCCAUCUCAUUUGGCUCAGUCAUAGUAAAGCUGGAGGGGACAGUCAUCAAAAUCACCGACAGCGGCAUCAUGAUGGACGAUCAAGUGGUGUCUAUUCCAAUCAAUCAGAAGGGAAUUAAAAUCGAAGGAAGCCCAACAAGUAUUAAGAUCUCCAGAUAUGGAAUGACCAUCUUUUGGGAAGAAGACAACUCUAUAGCGAUUGAACUUGCGGAGAAGUAUAAAGGGCUGACAUGUGGACUCUGCGGAAACUACAAUGGCAACAAGGAUGAUGAUAUGCCUGAGAGUGGUCCAGCCACAUGGAAGAUCUCAACACCAACUGAAUCAUGUGAAGACGUUAUACUUCCACCCAAGGAUCAGUGUGACCAGAACACAAUGAUUUGCCAGCAGUACCUCAGCAGUCCAGGGUUUAGUGGCUGUUAUGAUGUGAUGGACAUGGGAAUAUUUGAAAAAGCCUGUGUGAGCGACCUGUGUCAAUGUUACGGCAGCCAUGAAUGUCUGUGCAACACUCUAACAGAGAUUUCACGACAAUGCACACAUGCUGGAGGACAACCAGGAACAUGGAGGACAGAACAGCUCUGUCCAAAGACGUGUCCUCUAAACCUGCAAUACCUGGAGUGUGGUGGUCCGUGUAAGAGCACCUGCUCUGACCCAACUGCGCAUCUAAUGUGUAAAGAUCACUGUGUGGAUGGCUGCUUCUGCCCUGAAGGCACCGUUGAAGACGACAUUGGUCAGAGUGGUUGUGUUGCUGUGAAUGAGUGUCCAUGUGUGCAUGAUGGCACAGUAUAUAAAUCAGGAGAAUCUUACAAACAAGCUUGUAAAAAAUGUAUUUGUGCCGCUGGACACUGGACCUGCACAUACCUAGACUGUCCUGGGACAUGCUCUGUUGUUGGAGGGUCUCACGUCACCACUUAUGAUGGAAAGAGCUUCACCUUCAGCGGGAACUGCGACUACAUCCUCACUAAGCACUCUAAUGACAGUGACUUUGCUGUUGUGGGAAAUCUGGCAAAAUGUGAUCCAGCACGAACAGACACGUGUCUUAAUUCAGUUACCCUUGUCAUCUCUGGGACCACUAUCGAUUUUUCUUCCAAUGGUGUUGUGACACUGAAUGGAAACAGCCCAUUUACGCUUCCUGCUAUCAUAGGUCCUGUGAGCAUCUUUCAGCCCUCUUUGUCUUUCGUUAUUGCUGAUUUAAACAGUAUUCGUCUGGAAAUCCAGCUGGCUCCAGUUAUGCAGCUGUAUAUUGUAGCCAGCACUGAAGAGAAAGGCAAAAUGACUGGACUGUGUGGGAACUAUAAUGAUGUCCAAUCAGAUGACUUUAAAACAGAUUUGGGUAUCACAGAGGGCACAGCAAUAUCUUUUGCCAAUUUUUGGAAAAAAAACCCAUAUAGUUGUCCUGAUCUUGAAAACACAUUCGACAACCCCUGUAGUCUGAGUGUGGACACAGAGAAACUUGCUAAAGACUGGUGUUCCCGUCUUACUAACCAAAGUGGAGCCUUUUCCGAAUGUCAUUCAGAAAUAUGCCCAAAGAUUUACUAUGAAAGGUGCGUCUAUGACACCUGCAAGUGUGCAGACAUUAGGAAGUGCAUCUGUGCGGCUGUGUCCACUUAUGCCCAUGCAUGUGCCGCCAGAGGAAUCAUUCUCCAAGGCUGGAUGGAUUCAGACCCUUGUGAAUCUGAGUGUUCAGAGAACAUGGAGCAGUCCUAUGGUGUGACUGGCUGUGGCCUCACCUGCCAUUCUCUCAGUGGACAAGAAAACACCUGCCAAGGGUCCUUCACACCUGUAGAUGGCUGUGUUUGUUCUAAGGGAACCUACCUUAAUGAAGACAGCAUCUGUGUGACUGCUGAUCAGUGUCCUUGUUACAGCGGUGACCAGGUCAUAAAACCUUUAGAAGUAUCAAACAUAGAUGGUCUAACAUGCACCUGUAAACUUGGCAAACUUCACUGCUCCAAUCCUGAAAACUGUGUUGCUCCGAUGGUGCUCUUCAAAUGCUCAAAUUAUGAACCAGGAAAAAAAGGCACAGAGUGUCAGAGAACAUGUCAGAAACAAGACCUAAACAAUUGUGUGAGCACAGGGUGUGUAUCAGGGUGUAUGUGUCCAGAUAACCUUCUGGCUGAUGGACAAGGUGGAUGUGUGGAGAGGGAAAAAUGUCCCUGUGUCCACAAUGGAGUCACCUAUUCAUCUGGAGAACAAGUUCAAGAGGACUGUAACACCUGCACAUGCAAAAAUGGGAUGUGGGAUUGCACAGAAAAAGAGUGUUAUGGCACCUGUACCAUCUAUGGUGAAGGUCAUUUCAUGACAUUUGAUGGCAAGAAAUAUUCUUUCCAUGGAGACUGUGAACAAAUCUUAGUCCAUGACUAUUGCAAUACAGACCAGAGUCCAUACUCUUUACGCCUGGUCACAGAGAACAUCCCAUGUGGCACCUCUGGAACCAUUUGCUCCAAGUCUAUCAAUCUUUUCUUUGGGAGAUACAAGAUGAUUUUAUCAGAGGAGAAGGAAAUUCAAGUUGUUGAAAGCAAUGGCACAGAUUACCAAUACCAAAUCCAUACUGCUGGGAUAUACAAUGUCAUUGAGGUCAAAGGACUUCUGAACUUAAUCUGGGACAGUAAAACAAGUGUGAUGCUCCAACUCCAUCCUAAAUUUAAGGGUAAGGUGUGUGGAUUGUGUGGAAACUUUGAUGGUAAUGCAAACAAUGACUUUAUGAAACAUGACGGAGAAGAAGUCACCGAUCCAGUGGUAUUUGGGAAUAGCUGGAAGUCAAAUCCAGGCUGUCCGGAUGUGAGCAAUGUUAUGAAUCCAUGUGAGAAAAAUCCACACCGGAGUGCCUGGGCUAUCAAACAAUGCAGCAUCAUUACAAGCCCUGUCUUUACAGACUGCCAUUCACGUGUGGACUCUGGCCCAUACUAUGAUGCCUGUGUAAAGGACACCUGUGCAUGCGACAGCGGGGGUGACUGUGAUUGUUUCUGUACUGCAGUGGCUGCUUAUGCUGCUGAAUGCCGUAAAACCGGUGCUUGCGUAGCAUGGCGAAGCCCAAGUAUUUGCCCUUUAUUCUGUGACUAUUACAACAAUCCCCCAAGUGAAUGUGAAUGGCACUAUAAAACCUGUGGAUCGACCUGCAUGAAAACUUGUAGAAACCCAUUAGGAACUUGCUCCAAUCAAAUUCCUCUCCUGGAGGGAUGUUUUCCUCAGUGUCCUUCUGAAAGACCUUUUUUGAGAGAGGACAACAGGAAAUGUGUUACAGAGGCAGAAUGUCUUUCCCUCUGUACUUAUGAUGGCAAGAUAUACACGACUGGAGAUGUGAUGUAUGAUACCACAGAUGGGAAUGGUACAUGCUUUACAGCUGUGUGUGGAUCCAAUGGAGAGAUAAUAAGAAGCAUUAAUAAAUGUAUGACAACAACUACACCAUUCACGUUCACAACUCCACCCCAAACUGCAAAACCUUCAUCACCCGAGACAUAUACUUCUGUUACUGCUGCAACACCUUUGACAGAGAGACCACCAACAUCAGAAUCGCAAAGGCCAAAAACAACUACUACAACUUCUGGUCCAACAACAGAAACAUCACAAGCAAUUUCUACUGCUGUUACUGCUAAAACACCAUCUACAGUAAUGCCACCUCCAACAUCAACAGCUACUACAACGGCUAGUCUGCCAACUUCAACAUUACCUGGAGCUACCACUGCUGUUACAACUGAAACACCACCCACAAAAAUGCCACCACCAAAAACAACAGAAUCCCCAUCAACAGCUACUACAACUGCUGCACCACCACCAACAUCUCCUGAAGUUACUACUGCUGUUACUUCUGAAACACCAUCUACAGGAACACCACCUCCCACAAAAACAGAAACCCCGUCAACAGCUACUACAACUGCUGCACCACCAACACCAACGGCUUCUGAAAUAACUACUGCUGUUACUGUUGAAACACCAUCUACAGGAACACCAUCUCCUACAAAAACAGAAACCCCAUCAACCGCUACUACAACUGCUCCAACAACAACAGCUCCUAAAGUUACUACUGCUGUUACUGUUGAAACACCAUCUACAGAAAUGCCACCUCCCUCAACAGCAGAAACACCUUUGACAGCUACUACAAUUGUCAGUCCACCAAUACCAACAGCACCACAAAUAUCUACUACUGCUGUUACGGCUGAAACACCAUCUACAGGAACACCACCUCCCACAAAAACAGAAACCCCAUCAAUCGCUACUACAACUGCUGCACCAUCAACACCAACUGCUCCUGAAGUUACUACUGCUGUUACUGCUGAAACUCCAUCUACAGAAACAUUACCUCCAACAAAAACAGAAACCCCAUCAACAGCAACUACAACUGCUGCACCAUCAACACCAACUGCUCCUGAAGUUACUACUGCUGUUACUGCUGGAACACCAUCUACAGAAACAUUACCCCCAACAAAAACAGAAACCCCAUCAAUCGCUACUACAACUGCUGCACCACCAACACCAACAGCUCCUGAAGUUACUACUGCUGUUACGGCUGAAACACCAUCUACAGGAACACCACCUCCCACAAAAACAGAAACCGCAUCGAUCGCUACUACAACUGCUGCACCACCAACACCACCUAAAGUUACUUCUGCUGUUACUGCUGAAACACCUUCAACAGGAACACCACCUCCCACAAAAACAGAAACCCCAUCAACAGCAACUACAACUGCUGCACCACCAACACCAACUGCACCUGAAGUUACCACCGCUGUUACUGCUGAAACACCUUAUUCGGGAACACCACCUCCCACAAAAACAGAGACCCCAUCAAUCAGUACUACAACAGCUUCACAACCAACACCAACUGCUCCUGAAGUUACUACUGCUGUUACUGCUGAAACACCAUCUACAGAAAUACCACUUCACACAACAACAGAAACACCAUCAACUGUUACUACAACUGCUGCACCACCAACAUUAACAGCUCCUGAAGUUACUACUGCUGUUACUGCUGAAACACCAUCUACAGAAAUGCCACUUCAUACAACAACAGAAACUUCAUCAACUGUUACUACAAUUGCUGCACCACCAACAGCACCUGAGGUUACCACUGCUGUUACUGCUGAAACACCUACUACAGGAACACCACCUCCCACAAAAACAGAAACCCCAUCAACAGCAACAACAACUGCUGCACCACCAACACCAACUGCUCCUGAAGUUACUACUGCUGUAACUGCUGAAACACCAUCUACAGAAAUGCCACUUCACACAACAUCGGAAACUCCAUCAACUGUUACUACAACUGCUGCACCACCAACAGCACCUGAGGUUACCACUGCUGUUACUGCUGAAACACCUUCUACAGGAACACCACCUCCCACAAAAACAGAAACCCCAUCAAUCGCAACUACAACUGCUACACCACCAACACCAACAGCUCCAGAAGUUACUACUGCUGUUACUGCUGAAACACCAUCUACGGGAACACCACCUCCCACAAAAACAGAAACCCCAUCAAUCGCAACUACAACUGCUGCACCACCAACACCAACAGCUCCUGAAGUUACUACUGCUGUAACUGCUGAAACACCCUCUUCAGGAUCACCACCUCCCACAACAGCGGAAACACCAUUGACAGCAACUACAACUGUCAGUCCACCGAUACCAACAGCACCACAAAUAUCUACCACCGGUGUUACUGCUGCACCACCAACACCAACAGCUCCGGAAGUUACUACUGCUGUUACUGCUGAAACACCAUUUACAGAAAUGCCACUUCACACAACAACAGAAACACCAUCAACUGUUACUACAACUGCUGCACCACCAACACCAACUGCUCCUGAAGUUACUACUGCUGUUACUGCUGAAACACCAUCUACAGCAACACCACCUCCCACAAAAACAGAAACUCCAUUAAUAGCUACUACAACUGUUGCACCACCAACACCAACAGCUCCGGAAGUUACUACUGCUGUUACUGCUGAAACACCAUCUACAGAAAUGCCACUUCACACAACAACAGAAACUCCAUCAACCGUUACUACAACUGCUGCACCACCCACACCAACUGCACCUGAAGUUACUACUGCUGUUACUGCAGAAACACAAUCUACGGUAACACCACCUCCCACAAAAACAGAAACCCCAUCAACAGCAACUACAACUGCUGCAUCACCAACACCAACUGCUCCUGAAGUUACUACUGCUGUUACUGCUGAAACACCAUCUACAGGAACACCACCUCCGACAAAAACAGAAACCCCAUCAAUCGCAACUACAACUGCUGCAUCACCAACACCAACUGCUCCUGAAGUUACUACUGCUGUUACUGCUGAAACACCAUCUACAGGAACACCACCUCCGACAAAAACAGAAACCCCAUCAACAGCAACUACAACUGCUGCACCACCAACACCAACUGCACCUGAAGUUACUACUGCUGUUACUGCUGAAACACCAUCUAAAGGAACACCACCUCCCACAAAAACAGAAACCCCAUCAAUCGCUACUACAACUGCUGCAUCCCCAACACCAACUGCUCCUGAAGUUACUACUGCUGUUACUGCUGAAACACCAUCUACAGAAAUGCCACUUCACACAACAUCAGAAACUCCAUCAACUGUUACUACAACUGCUGCACCACCAACAGCACCUGAGGUUACCACUGCUGUUACUGCUGAAACACCUUCUACAGGAACACCACCUCCCACAAAAACAGAAACCCCAUCAAUCGCAACUACAACUGCUGCACCACCAACACCAACAGCUCCAAAAGUUACUACUGCUGUUACUGCUGAAACACCAUCUACGGGAACACCACCUCCCACAAAAACAGAAACUCCAUUAAUAGCUACUACAACUGCUGCACCACCACCACCAACUACUCCUGAAGUUACUACUGCUGUAACUGCUGAAACACCUUCUUCAGGAUCACCACCUCCCACAACAGCGGAAACACCAUUGACAGCAACUACAACUGUCAGUCCACCGAUACCAACAGCACCACAAAUAUCUACCACUGGUGUUACUGCUGUACCACCAACACCAACAGCUCCGGAAGUUACUACUGCUGUUACUGCUGUAACACCAUCUACAGAAAUGCCACUUCACACAACAACAGAAACACCAUCAACUGUUACUACAACUGCUGCACCACCAACACCAACUGCUCCUGAAGUUACUACUGCUGUUACUGCUGAAACACCAUCUACAGCAACACCACCUCCCACAAAAACAGAAACUCCAUUAAUAGCUACUACAACUGUUGCACCACCAACACCAACAGCUCCGGAAGUUACUACUGCUGUUACUGCUGAAACACCAUCUACAGAAAUGCCACUUCACACAACAACAGAAACUCCAUCAACCGUUACUACAACUGCUGCACCACCCACACCAACUGCACCUGAAGUUACUACUGCUGUUACUGCAGAAACACAAUCUAUGGGAACACCACCUCCCACAAAAACAGAAACCCCAUCAACAGCAACUACAACUGCUGCACCACCAACACCAACAACUCCAGAAGUUACUACUGCUGUUACUGCUGAAACACCAUCUACGGGAACACCACCUCCCACAAAAACAGAAACCCCAUCAAUCGCAACUACAACUGCUGCAUCACCAACACCAACUGCUCCUGAAGUUACUACUGCUGUUACUGCUGAAACACCAUCUACAGCAACACCACCUCCGACAAAAACAGAAACCCCAUCAACAGCAACUACAACUGCUGCACCACCAACACCAACUGCUCCUGAAGUUACUACUGCUGUUACUGCUGAAACACCAUCUAAAGGAACACCACCUCCCACAAAAACAGAAACUCCAUUAAUAGCUACUACAACUGCUGCACCACCAACACCAACAGCUCCGAAAGUUACAACUGCUGUUACUGCUGAAACACAAUCUACGGGAACACCACCUUCCACAAAAACAGAAACCCCAUCAACAGCAACUACAACUGCUGCACCACCAACACCAACAACUCCAGAAGUUACUACUGCUGUUACUGCUGAAACACCAUCUACGGGAACACCAGCUCCACAAAAACAGAAACUCCAUAAAUGCCACUUCACACAACAACAGAAACAUCCAUUAAUAGCUACUACAACUGCUGCACCACCAACACCAACAGCUCCAGAAGUUACUACUGCUGUUACUGCUGAAACACCAUCUACAGGAACACCACCUCCGCACAAAAACAGAAACCCCAUCGAUCAGCUAACUACAACUGCUGCACCACCAAACACAAAUGCUCCUGAAGUUACUACUGCUGUUACUGCUGAAACACCAUCUACAGAAAUGCCACUUCACACAACAACAGAAACUCCUUCAACUGUUACUACAACUGCUGCACCACCAACACCAACUGCACCUGAAGUUACUACCGCUGUUACUGCUGAAACACCUUCUACAGGAACACCACCUCCCACAAAAACAGAAACCCCAUCAACAGCCACUACAACUGCUGCACCAUCAACACCAACAGCUCCGGAAGUUACUACUGCUGUUACUGCUGAAACACCAUCUAAAGGAACACCACCUCCCACAAAAACAGAAAACCCCAUCAAUCGCUACUACAACUGCUGCACCCCCAACACCAACUGCCUCCUGAAGUUACUACUGCUGUUUACUGCUGAAACACAAUCUACAGGAACACCACCUUCCACAAAAACAGAAACCCCAUCAACAGUAACUACAACUGCUGCACCACCAACACCAACAGCUCCAGAAGUUACUACUGCUGUUACUGCUGAAACACCAUCUACGGGAACACCACCUCCCACAAAAACAGAAACCCCAUCAAUCGCUACUACAACUGCUGCAGCACCAACACCAACAGCUCCUGAAGUUACAACUGCUGUUACUGCUGAAACACCAUCUACAGAAAUGCCACUUCACACAACAGAAACUCCUUCAACUGUUACUACAACUGCUGCACCACCAACACCAACUGUACCUGAAGUUACUACCGCUGUUACUGCUGAAACACCUUCUACAGGAACACCACCUCCCACAAAAACAGAAACCCCAUCAACAGCAACUACAACUGCUGCACCACCAACACCAACAGCUCCUGAAGUUACUACUGCUGUUACUGCUGAAACACCAUCUACAGAAAUGCCACUUCACACAACAACAGAAACACCAUUAACUGUUACUACAACUGCUGCACCACCAACACCAACAGCUCCGGAAGUUACUACUGCUGUUACUGCUGAAACACCAUCUAAAGGAACACCACCUCCCACAAAAACAGAAACCCCAUCAAUCGCUACUACAACUGCUGCACCACCAACACCAACUGCUCCUGAAGUUACUACUGCUGUUACUGCUGAAAUACCAUCUACAGAAAUGCCACUUCACACAACAACAGAAACUCCUUCAACUGUUACUACAACUGCUGCACCACCAACACCAACUGCACCUGAAGUUACUACCGCUGUUACUGCUGAAACACCUUCUACAGGAACACCACCUUCCACAAAAACAGAAACCCCAUCAACAGCAACUACAACUGCUGCACCACCAACACCAACAGCUCCAGAAGUUACUACUGCUGUUACUGCUGAAACACCAUCUACGGGAACACCACCUCCCACAAAAACAGAAACUCCAUUAAUAGCUACUACAACUGCUGCACCACCAACACCAACAGCUCCGGAAGUUACUACUGCUGUUACUGCUGAAACACCAUCUACAGAAAUGCCACUUCACACAACAACAGAAACUCCAUCAACCGUUACUACAACUGUUGCACCACCAACACCAACUGCACCUGAAGUUACUACUGCUGUUACUGCUGAAACACCAUCUACAGGAACACCACCUCCCACAAAAACAGAAACCCCAUCAACAGCAACUACAACUGCUGCACCACCAACACCAACAGCUCCGGAAGUUACUACUGCUGUUACUGCUGAAACACCAUCUACAGAAAUGCCACUUCACACAACAACAGAAACACCAUCAACUGUUACUACAACUGCUGCACCACCAACACCAACAGCUCCGGAAGUUACUACUGCUGUUACUGCUGAAACACCAUCUAAAGGAACACCACCUCCCACAAAAACAGAAACCCCAUCAAUCGCUACUACAACUGCUGCAGCACCAACACCAACUGCUCCUGAAGUUACUACUGCUGUUACUGCUGAAACACCAUCUACAGAAAUGCCACUUCACACAACAACAGAAACUCUUUCAACUGUUACUACAACUGCUGCACCACCAACAGCACCUGAAGUUACCACUGCUGUUACUGCUGAAACACCUUCCACAGGAACACCACCUCCCACAAAAACAGAAACCCCAUCAACAGCAACUACAACUGCUGCACCACCAACACCAACUGCUCCUGAAGUUACUACUGCUGUAACUGCUGAAACACCUUCUUCAGGAUCACCACCUCCCACAACAGCGGAAACACCAUUGACAGCUACUACAACUGUCAGUCCACCGAUACCAACAGCACCACAAAUAUCUACCACUGCUGUUACUGCUGCACCACCAACACCAACAGCUCCGGAAGUUACUACUGCUGUUACUGCAGAAACACCAUCUACAGAAAUGCCACUUCACACAACAACAGAAACACCAUCAACUGUUACUACAACUGCUGCACCACCAACACCAACUGCUCCUGAAGUUACUACUGCUGUUACUGCUGAAACACAAUCUACAGAAACACCACCUGCCACAAAAACAGAAACCCCAUCAACAGCAACUACAACUGCUGCACCACCAACACCAACUGCUCCUGAAGUUACUACUGCUGUUACUCCUGAAACACCAUCUACAGAAAUGAACACCACCUCCCACAAAACAGAAACCCCAUCAACAGCAACUACAACUGCUGCACCACCAACACCAACUGCUCCUGAAGUUACUACUGCUGUUACUGCUGAAACACCAUCUACAGAAAUGCCACUUCACACAACAACAGAAACUCCAUCAACUGUUACUACAACUGCUGCACCACCAACAGCUCCUGAAGUUACUACUGCUGUUACUACUGAAACACAAUCUACGGGAACACCACCUCCCACAAAAACAGAAACUCCAUUAAUAGCUACUACAACUGCUGCACCACCAACACCAACUGCUCCUGAAGUUACUACUGCUGUAACUGCUGAAACACCUUCUUCAGGAUCACCACCUCCCACAACAGCGGAAACACCAUUGACAGCUACUACAACUGUCAGUCCUCCGAUACCAACAGCACCACAAAUAUCUACCACUGCUGUUACUGCUGCACCACCAACACCAACAGCUCCGGAAGUUACUACUGCUGUUACUGCAGAAACACCAUCUACAAAAAUGCCACUUCACACAACAACAGAAACACCAUCAACUGUUACUACAACUGCUGCACCACCAACACCAACUGCUCCUGAAGUUACUACUGCUGUUACUGCUGAAACACAAUCUAUGGAAACACCACCUCCCACAAAAACAGAAACCCCAUCAACAGCAAGUACAACUGCUGCACCACCAACACCAACAGCUCCAGAAGUUACUACCACUGUUACUGCUGAAACACCAUCUACGGGAACACCACCUCCCACAAAAACAGAAACUCCAUUAAUAGCUACUACAACUGCUGCACCACCAACACCAACAGCUCCGGAAGUUACAACUGCUGUUACUGCUGAAACACCAUCUACAGAAAUGCCACUUUACACAACAACAGAAACUCCAUCGACCAUUACUACAACUGCUGCACCACCAACACCAACAGCUCCUGAAGUUACCACUGCUGUUACUGCUGAAAAACCUUCUACAGGAACACCACCUCCCACAAAAACAGAAACCCCAUCAACAGCAACUACAACUGCUGCACCACCAACACCAACAGCUCCUGAAGGUACUACUGCUGUUACUGCUGAAACACCAUCUUCAGAAAUGCCACUUCACACAACAACAGAAACACCAUCAACUGUUACUACAACUGCUGCACCACCAACACCAACUGCUCCUGAAGUUACUACUGCUGUUACUGCUGAAACCCCAUCUACAGAAUUGCCACUUCACACAACAACAGAAACUCCUUCAACUGUUACUACAACUGCAACACCUUCUUCAGGAACACCACCUCCCACAACAGCGGAAACACCAUUGACAGCUACUACAACUGUCAGUCCACCGAUACCAACAGCACCACAAAUAUCUACCACUGCUGUUACUGCUGCUUCACCAACACCAACAGCUCCGGAAGUUACUACUGCUGUUACUGCUGAAACACCAUCUACAGAAAUGCCACUUCACACAACAACAGAAACACCAUCAACUGUUACUACAACGGCUGCACCACCAACACCAACUGCUCCUGAAGUCACUACUGCUGUUACUGCUGAAACACAAUCUACAGGAACACCACCUCCCACAAAAACAGAAACCCCAUCAACAGCAACUACAACUGCUGCACCACCAAUGCCAACAGCUCCAGAAGUUACUUCUGCUGUUACUACUGAAACACUAUCUACGGGAUCACCAGCUCCCACAAAAACAGAAACUCCAUUAAUAGCUACUACAACUGCUGCACCACCAACACCUACUGCUCCAGAAGUUACUACCGCUGUUACUGCUGAAACAGCUUCUACAGGAACACCACCUCCCACAAAAACAGAAACCCCAUCAACAGCAACCACAACUGCUGCACCACCAACACCAACAGCUCCAGAAGUUACUACUGCUGUUACUGCUGAAACACCAUCUACGGGAACACCACCUCCCACAAAAACAGAAACUCCAUCAACAGCAACUACAACUGCUGCACCACCAACACCAACUGCUCCGGAAGUUACUACUGCUGUUACUGCUGAAACACCAUCUACAGAAAUGCCACUUCACACAACAACUGAAACUCCAUCAACUGUUACUACAACUGCUGCACCACCAACAGCACCUGAAGUUACCACUGCAGUUACUGCUGAAACACCUUCUACAGGAACACCACCUCCCACAAAAACAGAAACCCCAUCAAUCGGUACUACAACUGCUGCACCACUAACACCAACUGCUCCUGAAGUUACUACUGCUUUAACUGCUAAAACACCUUCUUCAGGAACACCACCUCCCACAACAGCAGAAACACCAUUGACAGCUACUACAAUUGUCAGUCCACCGAUACCAACAGCACCACAACUAUCUACCACUGCUGUUACUGCUGAAACACCAUCUACAGGAACACCGCCUCCCACAAAAACAGAAACCCCAUCAAUAGCUACUACAACUGCUGCACCACCAACAUCAACUGCUCCUGAAGUUACCACUGCUAAUACUGCUGAAACACCAUUGACAGAAACAACAACCUGUUACUGCACAUUUGCAAAUCAAAUAUUUCCUCCUGAGUCUGUUAUCUACAAUAAAACAGAUAAAGCGGGUUGGUGCUACUUUGCUUUCUGUAACUCUAAUUGUGUUAGUGAAAUAACACAGAAGCCAUGUCCUCAGACUACUACGAUUCCACUUUCAACAGUUCCAAAUGACUGUAUCGAUGUCAACAAAAAGAAUGGAGAGUCAUGGAUUGAAGGAUGUUCCACUAAAAACUGCAUGAAUGGCAAAAUCACCACAAGCCCUGUACAGUGUGACUCUGCAGAUUCUGACAUACCUACAUGUGCCAAUGGGCUUAAGCCUGAGAAGGUUUAUUAUAAUAAUGGCUGCUGCACUAAGUACGAGUGUUCAUGUCAAUGCAGUGGCUGGGGUGACCCUCAUUACAGUACUUUUGAUGGAACAUAUUAUGUAUUCCAAGGAAACUGCAACUAUGUGUUGGUCCAAGAAAUCAUUCCAAGAUACAAUAUCAGUGUUCAUGUUAAAAACAAUUAUUGUGAUGCUACAAAUAAUUAUGCUUGCCAAGAUUCUGUGAUUGUGAAGUACAAAGCCUAUGAAAUCAAGCUAGCGAGUAACACUGAACAGAUUCAGGUCUCUGUCAAUGAUGUUGUGAAGGUCCCAACUUUCUUGAAUGAAGACUUCACCAUUACAACCUCUGGCAUGGCAGUAAUUCUGAACAUCAAAGAAAUCAAAGCUGAGGUUUUAGUCAGUCAUCAAGGCUUUAAGAUCAAUCUACCAUUCUCAUACUUUCAAGGCAAUACAGAAGGACAAUGUGGUGUUUGUGACAAUGAUGCCACAAAUGACUGCAGACGUCCUGACGGAACAAUUGAUCAGUCAUGUGAGCAAAUGGCAGCAUUGUGGGCAGAUUCCCCAGGAUGUGAAUCUCCACCACCACAUCCUAGCGAACCCAUUCCUACUUGCACAGCACAAAUCUGUGAGGUCAUCAAGAGCGAUUUGUUCAAGAGCUGCCAUGACAUCGUUCCCUAUCAAAGCUACUAUGAGGCAUGUAAAUAUGAUGUGUGCUACAAAAGAAAUGAUACCAUGGCCUGCGCUAGUUUAGAGGCCUAUGCACAGCUAUGUGGUCAACAGUCUAUCUGUGUGGAUUGGAGAGGCUCAGAUGACCUCAAUGGACAGUGUGCAUACAACUGUGCCGAUCACAAGGUCUACCAGGCAUGUGGGCCUAAAGUGGAAAAGACCUGCAGUACAAGAUACAACGAGAUGUUUGCCGACAAUGGCGAUCAAACAUUCAUGGAAGGUUGUUUCUGUCCUGAAAAUACAUAUCUACUUAGUUCAACAACCGAUCAAUGUACACCUACUUGUGACUGCAUUGGCCCGGAUGGAUUACCAAGACAGCCUGGAGACUCGUGGGUUGUCAACUGUACAACAUACAAGUGCUCAAGUGAGAGUUUUGGCGUUGUACAAGAGCCUAUGAACUGUCCAAAAAUAAAACCCUGUCAUGAAGGAUACAAAAGCGUAAUUGAAAACUGCUGUCCAACCUGUGUGUGUGAUACCAGCCUGUGUCCAAUGAAAUGUGAUGUGGGAUAUGAGCUUUCAGAAGAAAUACCUGAACACCAUUGCUGUCCACACUGUGUGCCCAAAGACGUUUGUGUGCACAAUAACACUGAGUAUCAGCCUGGAGUUAAAGUCCCCACAGAACCUUGUUUGGAAUGUCACUGUCAAAUGGAUAGGGAUAAAGAUAUGGAUAAAGACAGACAUAGUAAACUACACACUGUGACUUGUGUUAAAAAAGUCUGUACACCUUGCUCUGAGGGCUUUGAGCUUGUGGAACAAGAAGGAGAGUGUUGUGGAAAAUGCAAGCAAAAGUCCUGCAUUUAUACAGCGCCAGACAACACUACUCACACUCUUCAGUCUGGAGAGGUGAAAAGUCAUCACAAAUGCGAGACUAUUACCUGUCGGGAAAUUGAUGGUGUGUUUGUGACAGAGAAGAUCAAGCCUAAAUGUCCUGACUUUAAUCCUGAUGACUGUGAGGCUGGAACUGAGAGAUUUGAUGAUGACGGAUGUUGCAAGAUCUGCAAGCCAAAGACCUGCAUUGUCCUUAAAAACACCACACAUGUGAAUGCAAAUGACUGCAAGUCCAUCAGCCCUAUAGAAGUGACGUCCUGCAGUGGUCACUGUGGCACCCAAUCAAUGUAUUCAAUGGAAAACAGCAUCAUGAUGCACAGCUGUUCUUGCUGCCGAGAGGAGAAAUUCGGCACUCGUCAGGUGAAGCUGAAGUGUGCCGACGGCAGAGAGAUCGUUCAUGACUACAUUUACAUUGAAAGCUGCACAUGCACUCCUACCAAGUGUACUGAUUAGACUGCAUGAAGACUGGAUACAAAAAGCUGACCUUAAUCAAAGCUUUUCCUUUGAUUUGUGCUAAAUUACUUAAGAAAAUAAUACUUGAAGUAUAUAUAGCAAUAUAAUAGCAAUGCGUGUGUGUGUGAUCUAACAAAAACCUAUUCAUGCUUUUAUUCUAGGGAUAUGGCUUUCACUUUAAUAUAUAAUGUAGUGUUUCAAAUGUUUACUUCUGUUUUUUCAAGCUUUUUUCUAUGAUGUUAUGACAUUUCUUAAUAUUUGUAAUGGAUUAGGUGAAUGAUCAACUCAAUAAAGAAUUCAACCAGCAA